CCACACCGCCCCCCGCCGCGCCCCCGCCGCCCCGCCGCCAUCUUGUGGCGCCGCUCCCGCCGCCGCCCCCCGCGCCAUUUCCCGAGCAGCCCGGCGGCCGCGCAGGUCAGUUUCCUUACCUAGUGCCACAGGAAAGAGGAUGGAACCAGAAAGUACUGCCAAGGAGACGGUGCUUAUUACUGGAGGAGGUGGUUAUUUUGGCUGCCGAUUAGGUUGUGCUAUAUACCAAAAGGGAGUUGAUGUGAUUCUCUUUGAUGUCGCGAAGCCACUUCAGACCAUGCCAGAGGGAAUAAAGUUCAUGCAGGGGGAUGUCUGUCACCUGUCUGAAGUGGAAGAGGCUCUCAGAGAUGUAAUCUGCGUAUUCCAUAUCGCUUCCUAUGGAAUGUCUGGCAGGGAGCAGCUGAACCAAAAACUUAUAGAGGAUGUUAAUGUGAAAGGAACAGAAAAUGUCAUCCAAGCCUGCAAGAGCACAGGAGUGUCGAGUCUGGUUUAUACAAGCACAUACAACGUGAUAUUUGGAGGCCAGAUUAUAGAAAAUGGGGAUGAAUCUCUGCCUUAUCUACCUCUUCACCUUCAUCCAGAUCACUACUCCCGGACCAAAUCUUUAGCUGAAAUGAAGGUGCUGGAAGCAAAUGGUGCCAAGCUUGGAAACGGGAAAGGUGUAUUAAGGACUUGUGCUCUUCGACCAGCGGGCAUCUAUGGGCCUGGAGAACAAAGACAUCUUCCAAGAAUAGUCAGUUACAUUGAAAGGGGAUUGUUUAAAUUUGUAUAUGGAGAUCCUCUUAGUUUAGUAGAAUUUGUGCAUGUAGACAAUCUAGUUCAGGCUCAUAUCCUUGCCUCUGAGGCCCUCAAAGCCAACAAAAAGCACAUAGCUGCAGGCCAAGCCUAUUUUAUCUCAGAUGGCAGGCCUGUAAAUAACUUUGAAUUUUUCCGACCAUUAGUGGAAGGUUUGGGUUACAAGUUCCCAACUUGUCGUCUUCCUCUCUCCCUUGUCUAUUUUUUUGCAUUCCUUACUGAAAUAGUUCAUUUUCUUGUAGGACACGUUUAUAACUUUCAGCCUCUCCUCACUCGCACAGAAGUUUACAAAACUGGCGUCACACAUUAUUUUAGUAUGGAGAAGGCCAGAAAGGAGCUGGGGUAUGAGCCUCAGCAAUAUAACCUGAAUGAAGUGGUUGAGUGGUUUAGGUCUCGGGGAUGUGGACUGAAGCCGAGGAAGUAUACUGUUGUGCAUCUUAUCAGGGAUGGCGGACUGCUUUUGCUGCUGAUUGCUGUGAUGGUCUCAUGGUUUCCAUCUGCAGUCGCAUUUUCACUCUGAAAGAUGAAACGCUGAGUAUGGAGGACAGAAUUUAGUUACGCUGUCUGAGUAGUUUUGGUUUUGACAGACAACAGGUAAUAAAAAAAACAACCAAACAAAAAAAACCCACCACCACACAUUUGUAUCGUUCAGUUUUGUCCCCAAGAAACUGAACUGCUGCCUAAAAAGGUGUAAUUUUUAUACAUAGUUUCUCCUCAAAGUAAAAUUCAUCAGAUCACUAACAAGAUGAAGCUCAGUAUCACUGCAAACAGCAUUUUAUUUUCAGGUACAACAGCAUGCUACAGUGAAUGGAACAAAUGUUUUUAAACUGACCAUUCUUCCUCUUUGAUGGGAUUAUACUCUUGAUCCCUGCCCUUUAUUCCUAAAGAGCUUGUGCUACAUGAUCCAGAGGAGAAUAAAGUUAUUCUUUGAUUACAUUCCAAAACCAAAUUCUGCUUUCCAGGUUGGGUGUAUAUAUGCCUAACCAAGAUUAACGAUAAACUGCUAGACUAUAAAUAAAUGUGUGCGUUUUUAAAUGAAUACAUUCUGGUGUGCUUUUCUGAGUUAGCUCUGUAAUAAUGACAUUUCUGGAAAAUGCACAAUGGUUAAUCAAAGUUAUAGCAAAGUGCUUGAAGCAGCACAGAUUUGUAGAUUUUUCUAACAGUAAAAUAUGCCUGUUUAAAAUGAAUGAGCUAGCUAAAGUGCAUUCAUAAAUAAGACCUAUGAUUUUUUUCCCAGCAUUAUUGAAUGGUUAAACAAAUAAUCCAAAGACAUUUGGUAAGUGAUUACAUUCAUGUUCCACUAUUUAUAAAAACAUUUUUAGCCUUUAACAAUAUUUCUUUAACAGCUGACACCAUUUGAAUAGAACUUCAACUUUGUAGUAAUGAUAAACACUUGAUACAAUGGAACUCAUAAUUUUGUGAAGUUUUUUAAGAAUAGAAAAUAAGACCUUGUUAAGUACAGGUCACUACUGUCUCUAACUUCUCCCUCAUCUCUGUCAGUUUUAUACAGGAAAAGAUACUGAGAAACUUCACCUCAAAACAUGAAAUCACGAAGUUGUUUUCCUUUAACCCAUCAGCAUUACAGUUUCAGUACUUCUUGAUGAAAGGACAGUCCAAGAAGUUCACACUUCUCUUUAAACUUCCAUAAACUAUUCCCUUUUAGUAGUUGAAACUACACAAUUUUGUGUAAGUUCCAGUUACUUCAGUUGUUAAACACUACUGCAAUUUGAAUAGGGAAGUGAGGAAGAGCCAGUCUGCUGUACUACUGCUAAAGGAUUCUCAGAAAACAAAAAUGCCUCAAUAGAGAAACCAAGCUGAAAGUCCACUGCUACCCAUGUUCAGAAGAUGAUUUUUGUAGUUAAUAAUGAGCACUAUUUUUUCAUGUAAAGUUCUUUUCCCAAGAAGUUUAGCUUUAAAAAUAUUAAAAAAAAAAACAAAA